AUUUUAAUUUAAAAUUAUUUACGCUUACAUCCAACACGUGCGUGAGAUAAAUAAAAAAGUUUGGUUAUAUUAUUGAUAAUUUAAAUAAAUAAAUAAUUCGAAAAUGUCUGAAAUAAAUACCACAAAUAAUACUGACUCGGAUAAACAAGGAUUUAAACGUAAAAAAAAACGUUCAGCAAAUCAAAUGGCUAAAAAAUUAAUACGAAGAAGUACAAGAGAUUCAAUUAUCAACAACGAACUUGAUUAUGAUACUUAUCAAUAUUUAAUUAGAAUAUUAGAAGUUUUACGAACAGAUUUUCCAACAAUGGAUGAUAAAUUAACAUUUGUAAAUAAUGUUUACGACCAAAUAGUUGAUCAUGAAAUAGAGUACUCCAAAAAUCAAGUUGGUUCAAGAGUCAUAGAUUCUUUAAUGGAUUAUGCGAGUCUUCAAGUUAUUCAACGAUUUGCAAAUGCCUUCAGUCCAUCAUUACGUUUAAUUUGUUGUGAUAGAUUUGGUAGUCAUGUUUUGGAGAAAAUAAUUCACGUAUGUGCUGAUCGUGGCAAUAGAGAUGAUUGUAAUCACACGGACCUGAAAAUUAAAAAAGAAGACAUUGUUAUCACUACUGAAGAUCAAGCAGAUGAGUAUAAUAAAAUAGCAUUAAAAUUAUGCAAAUUUACAAUUAAUAAUUUUGAAGAAUUUACUCACGAUCAUUAUGCUAAUCAUGUUUUAAGAACUGCCAUUGAAUGUCUUGGAGGUUUAUUUUAUAAAAUUGAUGACAAAAAUAAUAAUAAUAAAACUAUUAUUAAUAAUAACACUAACGCUGUUUAUCAACCACGAAGAAAAGUUAAUGAAGAUUAUAUCGAAUUAUUAAAAAUAUCCGGAAACCGAAUAGUAGAUUGGCCACAAUUCCGUGAAUUUGGUAAAGAUAAAUUAACAUCUGGUCUUUUACAAACAUUAUUAUACAGCACACAAGACAUUGAUUCUAAAUUAAAUUCCAAAAUCAUUAAAAAAAUAAUGAAUGAUUGUUUUACCAGCAACACUGAUGAUUCAUUAUCAAAUAUAUUUGAUAAUGAAGAUUCACUACGCUUAUUAGAAACGUGUUUAAUGGUUGCGCAACCAAAAAAAUUUAAAAAAAUAUAUACAACAUAUUUUGAAAGUAAUUUAAAAAAAUUAACAUUAGUAAAAGAUACAAAUUAUUGUGUGCAAAAAUUAUUAAAUUUUUGUGCAACAAAAGAAGAGUUUGAAAAAAUAUUUGACGAAAUAUCAGAACAUGUUUUAGAAAUAAUUAAUAAACAAUUUAUGGGCGUGUUGUCAAGUUUAGCUAAUGCAUGUUUGCGAUUACAAAGUAAACAAGGACCUUUUGUUAAUGUUAUUAUGAAGUCAUUGGGUUGUGAUGAAUCAGCAGAACGACAAUUACAACUUGUGCCACUGGUUUGUCGACUUAUUACUUAUGAUCAAUGGACUGCUGCUAAAAAAGACGAAAGAUACAAAAAUAUUGCUAUCAACCUUCACGGUAGUUUAAUUAUCCAAGCUAUCUUACAGUUUAAUAAACCGAUUAAAAUAGUUAAUUCAUUGCUGGCGAUGAGCGGAGAUGAACUCGUUGAUUUGUUUGGUGAUCCGAAGGGGAGUCGUAUUCUUGAUGUUUUUAUGGAUAGUAAAUUUGUUGGAGAAAAAAGUAGAGAAAAAUUGACAAAAUUAAUUAAAGGACAUUGGGAUCAACUGGCAUUAAGUGUCCAUGGUUCACGUUGUCUUGAUAAAUUUUGGGAGUAUUCAAAACAAACUCAAAGAUUUUGUAUUAUGGAUGAACUCAGCAGUGUAGGACAAGGACUCAAGGCAUCAAAAACUGGACGUCUUAUUUAUAAAAAACUUAAUGUCUCAUUAUAUUCUCGUGACAAAAAACAAUGGAUUGAAUCGCAAGGAAAAGAUGAUAAAACUAAAGCACUAUUUGCUGAUAUUAUAUCAACUAGUAAAUAAUAAAUGAUAAUUUUUUAAUAUUUUUUAUGUUCAU